AUUCAAAACAAUAACAUUCCAAUAUGAUUCACGAAGCGAAAGCACAGUGUCCAUUCAUUCAAAAUUGUCGAAGCUCUUCCGUGAUGGCUUGUAGAAAGAUUACUCUAGCUGUGUGCUCGCUAAAUCAAUGGGCCUUGGACUUUGAAGGCAAUCUGAAGCGAAUCCUACAAAGUAUUGGCGAAGCGAAAGAAAAAGGGGCUUGCUACAGAUUGGGUCCAGAGUUGGAAGUGUCAGGUUAUAGUUGCGAGGAUCAUUUUUUCGAGGAUGAUACAUUCAUGCACUCAUUUCAAGUUCUGGAAAGUAUUCUUAAGUCUCCAGUUGCCCAGGAUAUUAUCUGUGACAUCGGCAUGCCAGUCAAGCACAAGAAUGUGCGAUACAAUUGCAGGGUGAUAUUUUACAAUUGCAAGAUAUUGUUGAUUCGGCCUAAAAUGAUAAUGGCAAAUGAUGGCAACUAUCGCGAGCUUCGAUGGUUUUCACCUUGGGAAAAGACAAGGCAAACAGAGGAUUUUAUGCUACCCAAGAGCAUCAAGGAGAUAACUGGGCAAACAAGUGUUCCCUUUGGCGAUGCAGUUAUCUCUACCAAUGAUGCCACUUUCGGAACAGAAUUAUGCGAGGAAAUGUUCGUCCCGAAUUCGCCGAGCGUACACAUGGGUCUUGAUGGUAUUGAAAUAUUCACCAACCCAAGUGGAAGCUAUCAUGAACUGAAAAAACUUCAGAAGAAAAUAGACUUGAUUCAGAGUGCAACGAAGAAGACCGGGGGCGUGUACUUGUAUGCUAAUGCGAGAGGAUGUGACGGUGGUCGGAUCUACUUCGACGGAUGCUCGUUUAUCGCCGUCAAUGGCGAAGUUGUUGCCCAAGGGGAGAAUUUUUCUCUCCAAGAAGUUGAGGUGGUCACGGCAACCUUGGAUUUGAAUGACGUUUCGACGUAUCGAGGAAAGACUAGUUCGUGUCAAAAACAGGCCGCCAAGUCGGAUAAGCGAUAUCAUCGGCUUUACCUUGAUCAAUACUUGUGCAAGGAUGACCCGCUCAUGCCCGUAAAUGAGCCCGUGGAAAUUAAAGUGCUUACUAAUGAGGAAGAGAUAAGUCUUGGUCCCGCUUGUUGGAUGUGGGAUUACUUGAGGCGGAGUGGUAUGGCUGGUUUCUUCUUGCCGCUCAGUGGAGGUAUUGAUAGCUCAUCCGUCGCCUGUUUGGUUGCUUCUAUGUCGCGUUUGGUCUGUCAGGCGGUGAACAAUGGGAAUGCACAGGUACUAGAGGAUGUUAGGAGGAUAGUGGGAGAUACGGGAUAUAUACCGACCAACCCGAACGAGUUUGCCAAUCGUAUCUUCGUUACGUGUUAUAUGGGUAGUGAAAAUUCCUCGGAGGAAACGCGUACUCGUGCCAAAGAAUUGGCUAGUGAUGUGGGCAGUUAUCAUAUGGAUUUAAAAAUCGACAACAUUGUGCUUGCUUUCCUUGGUGUGUUCUCUGCUUUCACUGGAAGAAUGCCUCAAUUUGGGGUGAACGGUGGUACGGACAGAGAGAAUCUCGCGAUGCAGAACAUUCAAGCGCGUAUACGCAUGGUUUUGGCUUAUCUUUUCGCUCAACUUAUUAUGUGGGUAAGAGGUAGAAAUGUUGGACUGUUGGUUCUUGGCUCUGCAAACACAGAUGAAAGCUUGCGUGGAUAUUUGACGAAAUACGACUGCUCGAGUGCCGAUUUAAAUCCCAUCGGUAGCAUCAGUAAGGCGGAUUUAAGAUCAUUCGUGCUCUAUUGCAUGGAGAAUUUUCACUUUACCUCGCUCAUAUCCAUACUGGAUGCACCACCUGCCGCCGAGCUCGAGCCCCUGGCUAACGGUCAAAUCCAACAGAUGGAUGAGGAGGAUAUGGGGAUGACAUACGAAGAGUUGUCGGUAUUCGGGAGCCUUCGCAAGAUACACUCGUGCGGGCCAUAUCGCAUGUUUUGCAAACUGUGCGAUUCAUGGCGCAGAAGACACGAACCUUCUGUGAUUGCCGAGAAAGUGAAAAAGUUUUUCAAAUAUUACGCCAUAAACCGGCACAAAAUGACCGUGAUUACUCCAGCUUACCACGCGCAAUCUUAUUCCCCAGAUGACAACAGAUUUGACCUACGCCCAUUCCUGUACAGAGUCGCGUGGAAGUGGCAGUUCCGAUGUAUCGACGAGCAAGUUCAACGUGCCAACGAACAGUUGGAACAGGUCAUGCGCACAAGCGACACACAAGAACCUUUCUCAAUAGUUGAGACUAAUGCACCAACUAACGUAAAUACCGUAGACGAACAAAGCGCCGAGACUCGAACAAACAUCAAAACUGAAAAGGAUUUCACCGAGGAACAGGAUGAUGUCAGCAGGAGGUUGAAACCGUUGACCCAAAUUGAAAAAAAGCGUAAGCUUGCAACAGCACCUUCUUAUCCCAAAGUGAAGUUGGUCAGUCUUGCGCCACCUUCUUCUGGUUACCGAUUUUCUAAAUAACAUCCACGUCAAGCUGUUGGUCGUACAGUUCAGUGCUGUCCUGACUGAAAAGAACUGUUUGUGUUAGACACUUGUCGUCGUCGAUGUAGACAGACCUCGGGACUCUUCUAAUCUGGACGAUCAAGCACCAUAAACAUGUUAACGAUACUUCCUGGUUCAAACCCUGCACUUUGUUGUUUUUUUGUAACAGUACUUGCACCGCACCAUAGCUAAAUGCUCGCCAUGUUCAAUGGUGGUUUUCCUUUACACCAUAUACCUUGCACAAUAAACGCAUUCGUCGCCUACAAUUCAAGACAAAGUCAUCGCUAGAAUGUUAGAAAAUUGAAAAAAACUACAACGCGAGCGUCAGUCAAAAUGUGAAGCUGUGUUACGUUUUUUCGUGGUUUUUGUUCGCUGUACUAUGUUGAUCGUUGUGCAAAAAAACCACGAAAAAAAACACUGAAAAUACGAAACUCCAGCUUUACAAUGCAUGGGAGAUAAACACGCGAUAAAUUUUUUUAUAUGAAAUGGGCAACAGCUACGGCUUGUAGGUACAAACAACAUACGUAUGCUUUACACAUGUAAACACUCACAUAAUUUUCAAGUUUUUUCAUAAGAAAUUUUAAAUAAGACUGUUUUAAUAAAUAUCGCCAAGCACAAA